UUUUAAAUGAAAUCUACCAAUCCCACCUAAAUCAUAACAAAACAAAUCAAGGUAGGAGACAACUCAAACAUGUGGCCAAGACACACACACAUAUUUAUAUGAGUCUUACAAAGUGAGUGAUAAUUCUCAUCUCAUUUUCAUCUUCUUACCACCUAAAUUUCUGCUACUGUUCAACUAUGGAAGCUACACAAAAAAACACAGUUGUGGAGAAAGAUGAAGAGCCUGAGAUCAAUUACAGAGGAAUCAAAGCCAUGCCAUAUAUUAUAGGGAAUGAGACUUUUGAGAAGCUUGGAGCACUUGGGCUUCUCUUCAAUCUUCAGAUCUACCUAACAACAGUCUUCAACAUGUCGCGCAUUAAUGCGACUAACCUUCUCAACGUGUUUAAUGGCACAACAAAUUUGGCCACAUUAGUCGGUGCCUUCCUUUCCGACACAUUUUUCGGUCGCUACAAGACGCUGGGGUUUGGCUCCAUCGCCUCCACUUUGUCCAUGGGGGCGGUGGUGGAGAGUGUGGUGGAAGCGUUGGUUGAGAUGGUAGUGCCGAAUAUUGUGCAUAACGGCGCCACCGCUGCCGCCGGGGCGUCAAAUCAAUCGGGAAUUGGGGCGGGUCCAGCGGGAUGUAGCAGAAUGAUUUUCUAUCUAGAAAUAGAUGUCAAUCGCCGGAAAAUCACCUUCUUCUUCGCCUUAGCCAUCGAUUUGUUCUCCUCGAUACCCCUCCAGGGUUUAGCAGUAAUAACCCUGACCGCUGCAUUCAAGAACCUUCACCCGCCGCACUGCGGCCCGGAUGACGUCCACUGCGUGGGGCCCACACCGGGCCAGACGGGCUUCCUUUUAUCGGGCUUCGGGCUAUUAUUGUUGGGUGCAAGCGCCAUCCGGCCUUGCAACCUCGCGUUUGGGGCCGACCAGUUCAACCCUGGAACCGAGUCUGGCAAGAGGGGCAUCGACAGCUUCUUCAAUUGGUACUUCUUCACGCUCACGUUCGCGCAGAUGGUGGCCGUGACUCUAGUCGUUUAUGUGCAAUCGGACGUGAGUUGGGCGGUCGGGCUCGGGAUUCCGGCGGGCUUCAUGUUCGUCUCGUGCUUCUUUUUCUUUGUGGGGACGAAUAUUUACGUGGUGGUGCCGCCGGAGGGCAGCCCGUUCACGAGCGUUGCAAGAGUAGCGGUGGCGGCCGCCAGGAAGAGGCGGCUGAGGGCUCCACGGCAGCCGUGGCUCAGCCUGUUUAAUUAUGUGCCGGCGGGGGCUAAGUUGAUCAACUCCAGACUGCCGUACACAGAUCAAUUCAGGUUUCUCGACAAGGCUGCGAUCCAGAUGUCAGACGACCUCAUCAAUCCUGACGGCUCUCCCAACGACCCGUGGCGCCUCUGCACGAUGCAACAAGUCGAGGAAGUCAAGUGCCUCGUCCGAGUCCUCCCCAUUUGGGCCGCCACAAUCAUCUACCACGUCGGCGAAAAACAACCCUACGUCGUCUUCCAAGCUAUGCAAUCCGACCGUCGCCUGAGCCCCACCACCUCCUUCCGCAUCCCACCCGCCACCUACACCGUAUUCUCCAUGCUAACCCUAAUCCUCUUCGUCCCUCUCUAUGACCGCGUCCUCGUCCAUUACCUCCGCCGCCUCACCAAAAAACCAGCCGGAAUCACCGUCCUCCAGCGCAUGGGAAUUGGCAUCGGCCUUACAGUCAUCCAAUCGUUAGUAUCUGCGUUCGUCGAGGCUCGCCGGAGGUCUCUGGCGAUCUCAAGUCCGUUGCAGUUUUCGAAUCGAGGCUCGGUCUCGUCUGCAUCGGCGAUGUGGCUCGUGCCGCAGCUGUCGUUGGCUGGGCUGGCGGAGGCGUUCUGCGCGAUCGGGCAGGUCGAGUUUUACUACAAGCAGUUCCCGGAGAACAUGAGGAGCGUGGCCGGGUCGUUUUUCUUUUGUGGUUUGGCGGCGGCGGAUUACUUGAAGGGUUUGUUGAUCUCGGCUGUGCACCGGGAGACCGAGGGGUCGCCGGGCGGGAAUUGGUUGCCGGAGGAUUUGAAUAAAGGGAGGUUGGAUUAUUUUUACUAUUUGGUGACGGGUUUGUGCGCGUUGAAUUUGGGGUAUUUUCUUGUGUGUGCUAAGUGGUAUGUGUAUAAGGGGACGAGUGUGGGUGUGGUGGGUGUGGAGAUGGGGGAGGGUAGUGGGAAUGUUGGUAAUAAGAGUAUCUACCUGUGUGAGUGUGAGAGAGAAGGCAAAAUGAAGAAGAAUGAGAGAGAAAAUAUGGAAAUAGAGGCAAAAACAGCAGCUCCAGAUGAUGAUGAUGAUCCUCCUCAGAUCAACUACAACUACAGAGGUCUCAAGACCAUGCCUUUCAUUAUUGGCAAUGAGACCUUCGAGAAGUUGGGGGCAAUUGGCACCCAAUACAACCUGCAACUCUAUUUGACGACCGUCUUCAACAUGAGUCGCAUUUCCUCAACCAUACUUCUCAAUGUCUUCACCGGCACCACCAACAUAGCCACCCUGGCCGGAGCCUUCCUUUCCGACACCUACUUUGGCCGCUACAACACUCUAGCCUUUGCCUCCCUCGCCUCACUAUUUGGCAUGCUCGUGGUGAACCUGACGGCGGUCUUCAAGAACUUGCACCCGCCCCACUGCGACCCAACAAGAGGCCCAUGCGUGGGCCCAAAUGCGCCCCAGAUGGCUUUUCUUAUAUUUGGGUUUGGGCUGAUGGUCAUCGGGGCUGGUGGCAUCAGGCCGUGCAACCUGGCAUUCGGGGCUGACCAGUUCGACCCGAAUACAGAGUCCGGUAAAAGGGGCAUCGACAGCUUCUUCAAUUGGUAUUAUUUCACGGUCACUUUUGCGACCAUGGUCUCGGUCACGCUAGUCGUUUAUGUCCAGUCGAGUGUGAGCUGGUCCGUGGGCCUUGCCCUGCCCACCAUCUUCAUGUUCCUUGCGUGCUUCAUGUUUUUUGUGGGCGCCAGGCUGUACGUGAAGGUGAGGCCCGAGGGAAGCCCGUUUAUGAGCUUAGCUCGGGUGGGAGUGGCUGCUUUUAGGAAGAGGAAGCUGGAGCUACCACCACAACCAUGGCUCUGUCUUUUCGAUUACGUGCCGCCUAAUUUCCUAGACAAAGCCGCAAUCAAAACCCCGGAAGACUCCACGAAUCCCAAUGGGUCGCCCGCCGACCCGUGGAGCCUCUGCACGAUGCAACAGGUCGAGGAGGCAAAGUGUGUGGCCCGCGUGAUUCCCAUCUCCCUCACCUCCAUCCUCUACCACGUUGGUGUCAUGCCCCAGUACCUCGUCUUUCAGGCCCUCCAAUCCGACCGCCACGUGGGCCCCACGAGGUUCCAGAUCCCGGCCGCCUCCUACGGCAUCUUCGCCAUGCUCGCCCUCGCCCUAUGGGUCCCUCUCUACGACCGCCUCCUCGUCCCUUCCCUCCGCCGCGCCACCGAUAACCGAGUCGUCAUCACGACCCUCCAGAGGAUCGGCGUCGGCAUUGUACUGACGAUUGUCGAGUCAGUAAUAGGGGGUGCGGUCGAGGCGAGGCGCAGGGCGCGGGCCCUACGGAGCGCGACGCUGGUCUCGCCAAUGUCGUCCAUGUGGCUCGUCCCGCAGCUGGUGCUGGCUGGGCUGGCCGAGGCGUUCAACGCGAUCGGGCAGCUCGAGUUUUACUACAAGGAGCUCCCGGAGAACAUGAGGGGGUUCGCGGGCGCAGUUUUCUUCUGCAAUGCGGCGAUAUCGAACUACGCGUACGGCUUGUUGAUAACAGUCGUUCACCGGGUGACCGAGGGGUCGUCGGGCGGGAACUGGCUACCGGAGGAUCUGAACAAGGGGAGGUUGGAUUAUUUCUACUAUUUGGUUGCGGUUUUGUGCGCGUUCAACUUCGGGUACUUUUUGGUGUGUGCUCGGUGGUACAAAUACAAGGGGGAGGGGAACAAUGCAAUCGAGCGUCUUAAAGCCCGAUACAACACAGCUUUUAAAAACAACGGGUUGGUCCAUGGGUUAUCUAACCAUAAUGUACUGAACCACUGGUUAUAUGAAAUUGUGAGCAAAAUCUACCAUUUGCUUAAGCAAUGCACAGCAAAGAGCAGAGCUUCAGGGAAUCGAAUAACAAACAAAUCGGGCACGCUAAUGAAAGGCAUUACAUAUUGCAUAAACAUCGAUUUCUAA